UCCCCAAUCCUUCUCUAUAAAUCUCCUCUUCUUCCCUUCUAACCCACAAACCCCACUUUUCAUUACACUUUUAAACCAACCCUAUGGCCUUUUACUCCCCAUUUUCCCUCCUUCCUCUCUUCUUCCUCUUCCUCCGCUCCACCCUUGCCGACUACGGCGGCUGGCAGAGCGGUCAUGCCACCUUUUACGGUGGCGGUGACGCGUCUGGUACUAUGGGUGGAGCUUGUGGGUAUGGGAACUUGUACAGCCAAGGGUAUGGCACCAACACGGUGGCGCUAAGCACGGCGCUGUUCAACAACGGCCUCAGCUGUGGGGCUUGCUUCGAAAUGACUUGCACAAAUGAUCCCAAAUGGUGCCUGCCCGGAACCAUUAGGGUCACCGCCACCAACUUCUGCCCCCCCAACUUUGCCCUCCCUAACAACAACGGCGGCUGGUGCAACCCUCCUCUCCAGCACUUCGACAUGGCUGAGCCUGCCUUCCUUCAGAUCGCUCAAUACCGUGCCGGAAUCGUCCCCGUCUCCUUUCGGAGAGUACCAUGCAUGAAGAAAGGUGGAGUGAGGUUCACAAUUAACGGUCACUCCUACUUCAACCUUGUUUUGAUCACGAACGUGGGCGGCGCUGGCGACGUCCACGCUGUGUCGAUAAAGGGGUCUCGAACUGGAUGGCAAGCGAUGUCUAGAAAUUGGGGCCAAAACUGGCAAAGCAACAACUACCUCAACGGUCAAGGCCUCUCCUUUCAGGUCACCCUUAGCGAUGGUCGCACUCUCACGGCCUAUAAUCUCGUCCCGUCCAAUUGGCAGUUUGGUCGGACCUAUGAAGGCCCUCAAUUUUAAACACCAACCACUAUUAUAACUACUAC